AAAACACACGUACCUCGACCGCUCGCUGUAAAUUCUCCGUCUGGAACACUACAGGUUGCAGUCGCAGACCCCUUUCCGAAACGUCCUUCUGGUUAUGUGCCUCAAACUCCACAAUCAUCGCCUGAUUUGUUUGCUUCAAGUCUUCCUGGCUCAUGUGUACACCCGGAUUCUCGAUUUUCUCCUUGCCCCCUUUUAUAAUUGGAUGGUCGUAGCCUCUUGCUUGGAACAAAGUGUUCUGAAGUCCAUCCAUGACCUCCACUCUCACGCCACUCCCAGCAUUGGCUUUCAACCACCGUCGACACUCUAACUCGAUGUCAUUGAGAUGGUUUUGAUAUUGUUCCUUCAACUCCUGCUUGUAUUUCUUCAACGCUUUGACGAGAAGUUCCUUGUACUGGUUGAAUACUUUAGGGUUUUGGGCUAG